GGGAGGAAGAAGAAGAUGGCAGCAGCAGCGGUCUCCUCCUCCUCGCCGUGCUGCUCCACCACUCCACUCCCUUCUUCUUCCUCGCGCCCUCUCUUCCUCCUCCUCCUCCCGAGGCCCUCCAGCCUCCGCCUCCCCAUCCGCUCCCGCCGGCGACCUAUCCGCUCCACCAGCACAUCCUACAACGGUUGGGCCGACCUCCCCGCCGCCGACCCGGACCCCGCGUUCUUCCGCAUCGCCGCCGGCCCCAACGCCCCGCUCCUCCUCCUCCUCCUCCCCGCCGUCGCCGCCCUCUCCCUCUCCCGCCUCCCGCCCAUCCCGCUCCUCGCCGCCACCUUCGCCGCCGGCUUCGCCACCGCCAGGCACCUCUCCCCUGCCCCCGCCCCCUCCCACCACCACCGCCUCGCCGCCCUCCUCGCGGAUCUCGACGCCCGCCUCCUCUCCUUCAAGGACCGCCUCCUCUCCAGCACCCCCGACGACGACGAGGGGAUCGCCCUCCAGUCCCUCGACCGCGCGCGGGAUGCGGUCCUGGAGUGCGCGGCCGCCGUGUAUGGAGGCACCAACGCCAACGGCGCCGCGCCGGAGGGCGACGCGCUGCGCGAUGUGGCCAGGGAGGUCGCCGGCUACUUCGGGACCUGGGCCAAGGACGCCCUGCGGGAGCUCAGCUUCAGCUCUCCGCGCAAGAAACCCGUCGUCCCCAAGGUCGUCGCCCCUGCUGCUGCUACUGCCGUGACCGAUUCCAAAGUUGAUCCAGACGCUGCCGGUGUAGCUCAUGCUCAGCAAGGGGACGGGGAUAAACACACGGGGUCGAUCCGUGCAGGUGCGAAACGCACCGGCAUUGGUGAAGACAAGCAGUUGGGUUCAGCGGUCGUCGGGACCGCAAGGCCGCUCGGCAUGCUGCCGUUCGACGGACAGGAUGCCGAUGAUAGGGCGGACGAUGCAGGGUUCAGUUCUGAGAGUGGGCAGGGAGACGACCGGUUGGAGAGGCUGGUGUUCAAGCACAGGCACGGGCGCGGUGCACGGAACGACGACCCCUUCGCAUUUGAAGACGGCGGUGGGUUUGCAACUGAAUCCACCGAGUCCUCUUUGCUCGAGAGGACGCUCGAGAUCCGGGACAGGUCCUACCGGUUGAAGAUUGAGCGCCGCAACGGCGGCGAGAGCCGAGCAAGUGGAGCACAGAAGAAACCAGCUGAUGAAUUCACUGCCAGUGCUGAUGAACCUGCACUUGCAGAAGAUGGGGCCAUCAGUUCAGACGCUGAAGAGUUCAGCCGCAACGUGAAGGAGGCUGCGGAGAUCCUGAGGAAGGCGAGGGAGUGCAUGAUGGCCAGGGAUGACGAAGAAGCCGCGGACGCGCUGCUGUACAGGUCAGCAAGCCUUCUGUCCACAGCUGUAGCGUUGAGGCCGACGAGCUUGGCAGCGGUGGGUCAGCUAGGGAACACGUACCUCCUCCAUGGAGAGCUCAAGCUCAAGAUCAGCCGCGAGCUGAGGACGCUGUUGGCCAACAGCGGAGCUUAUCUGAGUGGAAGAGAGCGUGUCUCGCGGUCCAGGAAGCUGGACAGAAGGAUACUGAACAGAGACAACAUUUCGUCGGCGCUGGUUGAUGUUUGCGAGGAGUGUGAGAGCCUCCUUGUUGAGGCUGGGAGAAGCUAUAGAAUGGCUGUGUCAAUUGAUUCGGGUGAUGUCAAGGCGUUGUACAAUUGGGGACUGGCGCUUACUUUCCGUGGCCAACUGCUCGCCGACAUCGGACCGGAAGCGGCAGUUGAUGCAGAUCGGGUGUACUUGGCUGCGAUCGAUAAGUUUGACGCCAUGUUAUCCAAAAGCAACACCUACGCUCCAGAAGCUCUCUACCGAUGGGGCAGCACGCUGCAGCAGCGAUCCCAGUUGCGCUCUCGGAACAACAAGGAGAAGAUCAGGCUUCUGGAGCAGGCAAAGAGUUUGUUUGAAGACGUCCUGUACGUAGAGGGCAACAACAAGAUGGUCAGGGAAGCGCUGUCGUCGUGCAUAUCGGAGCUUAACUACCAUGGACGAUGGCUGCAGUGAAUCGGCAUGGGGGAAGCCACUAGGUAUAUGUUGUAUUAGCAAUUUAAGAUUGAAAAUAUAGCUGAAUGAAAUACUAAGAUAAAGCAAGCUGUAUGAAGGUUAGAGAAAUAAUUUACUGCGGUGAGAAAGUCGCUACUGUAAAAUGAGAGGAAAUAAAAUGACUUGGCAUUUCAACAGGAA